AUGGUGGUACUACAAAAGGGCGGGAACGACUCUAUGCAGCUACCCUCGAAAGGAUGCCACAUUCCGUGCCGCCUUGCAGACAGUGUGUACAGCUCACGGGCCGCUGGUGGAGUGAAUUAUUUUGUCUCCGUUUCCAUGUAUAUCCCUUCGCAGCCUGUUGCGACAUGUAUUGUCUUCUUCGUUUCUUUCCAUUUGGCUGUCUCUCCAAAUGCCUGUAUGUAUAUCCCUGCGCAGCCUGUUGCGCCCUUCUGUUGCGCCAUGUAUGGUACCGUGCCGCCUUGCGGACAGUGUGUACAGCUCACGGGCCGCUGGUGGAGUGAAAUGUCUUUCUGCGAUGCUUUGCAACGAUCUCGAUAUCUGAAUUCUGGUCCGAUUCGUCCUUGA